CUUUGAGAGUUAAGAAAGUGACAUGAUAAUAAAUAUAAUGCAGACAUAUAUGACGAUUCUUUUUUAAUUUUAUAAAUUUUUUAGUCAAACAUUUUUAAUCUAAUUAGUAUUCGUUCAUACAUAGGUGUUACGGGAACAUUACCCGCAUAUGGUGGGUCGUGUGAUAGCUCGCGGGGCUGUUUUCGCACGUAUGACAUCAGAUCAGAAACAACAGCUGAUCACAGAAUACCAGGCACUAGGAUAUUAUGUCGGUAUGUGUGGAGAUGGUGCGAACGACUGCGGAGCGUUGCGAUCAGCUCACGUGGGUAUAUCACUAUCAGAACUAGAGAGUAGUGUAGCCGCUCCCUUCACUAGCUCACACCCCGACAUCGUCUGCGUAUCGCGAGUAUUACGCGAAGGCCGAGCAGCUCUAACCACCAGCUUCGGAGUAUUCAAAUUCAUGAUCUCAUAUUCCCUAACCGAAUUCUUAUCAGUCGCCUUUUUAUAUUACUUCGAUUCGAACUUAACCGAUUUCCAGUUUCUCUACAUAGACGUCGCCCUUGUCGUUAACUUCGCGUUCUUCUUCGGCAUGACCGAAGCGUAUACGGGUAAGUUGUGUAAGAUACCCCCCCUCACUUCGCUUCUAGGUCUGAUCCCGCUUUUCUCACUCGUCGGACAGAUGGCAUUUAUCGUUGUAGCUCAGUAUUUGAGCUAUUUCGCUUUAACCUUUUUCCCGUGGUACGAGAGACACACUUUCGUCGGUGAGGAAGAAAAUGAAUGUUGGGAGAACUACGCAAUUUUCACUGUAUCCAUGUUCCAAUAUAUAAUACAGGCUAUAGUUUUUUCACGCGGUUCCCCUUACAGAAAAUCUGUUUUGACGAACGCCCACCUGAUGAUCAGUUUCGUGAUAAUGACCGCUCUAUGCAUUUAUAUAACAAUUGCGCCUGCGCAAUGGUUAGCGAACUUCCUUCAAUUAAGAAUGCCGAAAGACACUCUGUUAUCUUAUAUAAUACUUUUGAUAGCAGCUGUUCAGUUCCUAAUAGCUAUAUUCUUUGAGAGAGUUAUAAUAGAGUUUAUUAUGGAAGGAAAACAAAUUAUACCCAAGUUUUUAAAGGAGAAACGUGUAAAUAAAACUCCAUAUCUAUUGAUUAAGCGACAGUUGACCGAUAUGGAUUAUUUAGAUUACAACAGCAGCGUAUGUUACGACAAAGAGACUGUUACCGUUUCAGAUUCCAGUUCUGGUAAAGGUAGCUGAAUUUUGAACCUUAAAUUAUACAGGCUAAGUUUCAUUUUUCAUAAUUAUAUAGAAUGAGUUAUGUAUGAUUCCAUUAUGUUUCAGUUACGAUUUCUUAGCGUCUCUCUAUUCGUGACGGUGGUUAAACUAUAGUCUGCACACACAAAAAAUCUCCAACCUACUUCAAGCCUUAUGUUGUUCUUGAUUAAGGUCAAAAUUGAUUGCAGAAAUUAGGAUUUUGUAGUAACUUAAUGCGCUGCUGUAUGUAUAUUGAAAAUAAUGCACAAAUAACGAUCUCUCGUUAGCAUUAAAUAAAUAAUAGUCUUAAGAGUUUCACCAAAAUAUUGACCUCUUUCCUAUAUUAUCGUUGUCCCUUUCAUACAGUCGUCAUCGGAUAAUGAGGGCUAAUUUCUAUGACUAAGAAUAUAUCUCAACUAAGCUUUUCAAUUAAUAACGCUUCAUACGCGACAGACAAAGAAAGAGCUAUAGAUGUGGGCAGUUAAUAGUAGACUCUAGUAUCACUGUUUUAAGAUUGAAAUCCUUUUUUUUGUAUAGAACAUUUUGUUCGGUUUUUUUUAGGCAAAUAUGAUGUUACCGCUUAAGUGCCUUAUAGUUAUAGUAUAUAACUAUUAUUAGAUAUUUAUUAAAUAUACCUUUAAUUACGUAAGGAGGUUUUUCUACAGAACCGCAAAAUAUAAAAUAUGAGUAUCAGUAUUUUCUUUUUUUUACAUCAGCAGGUUAUAUAACAUAAUUACACCGAUUUUGAAUCAGACGUUUCGUUGAAUGUACAUAAUACAAAGGGUGAUGUUAUAAUGUGGAAGUGCUUAGAGAUUAUUGACCAAAAAUAUUAUGGGAGAGAGUAAAUACUAUUCUACUUAUUGAUAUUAUCUAUAGUCUGUUAUAUCUUUGGAAAAUAUAAACCAUGUUGUCAAAAUCAAUUUAAUUUGCACUCAUUAUUAUUUUUUAUAGCGUCUUGUAUAACAAAACAUAGUACUUCACAUAAACGAUACAGUAUUUUAUCUGUAGCGACACAUAUCGUCUUCUAUUAUAAAAGAUCACAUAAUAUUUCGGGUCAUUGUUUGUGUUAUGUUUACCUUAAGAGCAGGCUAUAGACAUUAUUUUUUGUUAAUGCUACAACCGUGUGAUAUUUUUAAUUUGUUAAAAUUCUUAUGUGAAUUUUAUGAAAAAUACUGUUGCGUAGUUUAUUGCUUAAUAAAAUAGUUAUGUAACUUUAUAAUGGAAUAAACAGUAUUUUGAUACAAAAUCCAAACAAAUCGGUAUUAUUAAAUACUGAUUUUAUAAAGUGUUAUAUUUUAGUACUUCAUUACGAAGUAGAAAUUAACAAUAAUUCAUAUCAGUACAAAUUGAGCAGUAUAUCUUAUGAAUAAAAAUUAUAUAUUUUAUUAUACUAAUAGCAUAAUUUAUUUAAAGUAAUAUAAAUUAUAUUUGUUUUAUAUUUUUUUAUUAUUAUUUUAAGAUCUUUGCGCUUAUGUGAGUAACAGCUAGCAAAGUGUCGUAUAAAAUAGUAAACAAGCCUUUAGAAAUUCGUAAAGCGAUGACCCUUUAUUAAUUAAUAUUAACGAGUUUAUCAGCCAGUUGCACAGACGUCCAUUAAAACAGUCAUCAGUUAAUUAGACAUCAUCGAUACAAAUUUUUGAAUUUAAAAUAUUCAUUAGAGCUUAAAGUCGUCAUUAAACCUUAAAGGACAUUCGUGCAACUGACGGUAAAGGUAAUAUAAUUUUUAACAAAUCUUAAAUAUAAAUAAUGAAAACCCGUGCUUUAGCCAUGCCAUGGCUGAAAUUAUAUGGGGUUACGACUAUAAAUAAGUAGCACAAAUUAACAAAUACUAUUUAUGAUUGAUACAUAAAAAUAUUAAUUUACUUUUAAGAUUAUUGUUAUGAAUUUUUAUAAGCUUCUUUGUAUACUAAAAUUAUGUGAUAUUUCUCAAUUUCGAAUCAACCUUAUGUUUAUGGACAUAGAUGAGUUUUUAUUAUAUUUUUUCUAUAUCUCUGAAUGAAUUUAUACUAUUUAUUAGUGAUGAUUUUAAUAAAUUAUAAGUUGCAACAUACACUAACGAAAACUAAUCUACAAGAGUUCAUUAAUUUGAACUGAAUAUUAUUGUCAUUUUAAUGUUUUGAACUUCAACAUUGUUAGUUAAAGCGCAGGAGGCGAUCCCAGUUACCGUUCUGUAAAUUACGUGUAAGGACAAGGUUACAUUUUUGAAGGGAGACAACGUUUUAAACAAUGUACAGCAUUAUCUCUUUCCAAAUUUACUUUUUGUACUGUUCUAAGAACUCGGAGUAAGGAAAUAGGAAGGUCAAUGAAGUUCAAAAGGUUGAAAUGAAUAGUACCUUUUUUUACUUUAUUAGCUAAUUAAGCACAUUGUGAUAACAAUUUAUGUACACUAACGUAAGUGCCUUACUAAUUUUAGAGUAAAACAUUCCAUUAAUUACGUGCAGUGCAAAACAAAAUAGGUUAUAUUAUUGUUCUGUUAGUAUUAAGUGCCUUAUCUCGUGAUGAUCAAAUGAUUUGGUUUAAGCAUUAACUGCUUGACUUAUUAAAAAUUAUAUAAUGACUAUAUUGAUAUUAAUCAAAUACUAAUCUUAAUUCUAUAUACACUACUACUGGACAAGCAACUCGGUACUAGAAAUUUGUUCGCUAAGUGUCGUGUCAACCGUUAAAUCGAUUAUAUUGCCGUCUCUUUUACUCCUUAGUAAGCGAGACGGCAAC